CUGAAAUUAUCUGAAAAACAAUGUCGCGAAAUAUGUGAGAAAAUUAAGAAUCCGAAUCGAGCUGAAAAUGCUGAAAAUAUUGGAGCAACUCUGCGAGUUUUGAGAAAUUCGGGAUUUAUUGAAAGAAGGUUGGGGAAAAGGGAAAAUCUGAAAUUUUCAGCAAAAAAUCCUAUUUUUUUUCCAGAAAACUCUCGAUUUUGCUGCAAUCUCAUCUGGAAUUUCUCUUCCCAAUUUUUCGGAAAAAUUUCGAAAUUCCCGAAAUUUUUCUAAUCGAGUUAGCCGAAUUUGAUCCAGCAAAUCCGAUUUUGGGUGAGUUUUUGUUUUCCGCGGACUUUCCGCAUAUGCGGAAGCUUGCGGAACAAUGCAUUUUUCCAGAAAUCUGCUCAAAUCAAGAACCUUCAACUUCCCUAAUUCCCCAAUGUUUUUCCGCGGAAUUCCGCGCGGAAACAGGAAUUUUGAGAUUCUCCGAGUUUCUGAGCUCCUGGAAUUUGUAUAGAGAUGAAGAUGCGCAGAAAUAUUACACGGUAUUUGAGAAAUAUUGUAGAGAUUUGAGAGACGCAGAGAUUUUCGAGGACAAGAAAAAAUGGAUUGGAAUUCUGGCGGUGAGUUUUUGUAUAAGCUCCGCGUGGCCGCUGAAGCGGAAGCUUGCGGUAGUAAGUGUAGAUCGCAAGCUUCCGCGUAUCGACCACGCGGAAGCUUGCGGUAUAAAAAAAUCCACGUGAAACCCGCCGAAUCUGAAAUUUUCCCUAAAAAUUGAUUGAAAAAUCAAGAUUUUAUGGAAAAUUUUCAGAUUCCGCACAGGGGAACCUAUCGCCAAUUUUUUUUCGAGCGUAGUGAGUGUAAACCGCAAGCUUCCGCGUCAGCGGCACUAUCUUCCGCUUCAGCGGCCACGUCAUAGCCACCCACGUGGCCGCUAACGCGGAAGCUUGCGGUUUACACUCGCUUCGCUCGAAAAAUCGAUUUUCUCAUGCCGAAUCUGAAAAUUUCAGCAAAAACCCAGAUUUUCUGGAUUUUUUCUGAAAUUUCCAGAUUCCGCACAGGGGAACCUAUCGCCAAUUUUUUUUUUUCGAGCGUAGCGAGUGUAAACCGCAAGCUUCCGCGUUAGCGGCACUAUCUUCCGCUUCAGCGGCCACGUCAUAGCCAUCCGCGUGGCCGCUGACGCGGAAGCUUGCGAUCUACACUCGCUCCGCUCGAAAAAUCCAAUUUUUUCCCAGGAUUUCUGGUAUUCUGGAUUUCGUAUGAGCAAUGGUUUGGAUAUUCAGAAGACGCAAAAAAUGAUUGGAUUAUUCAAAAAUACUUGUCAACAAUUUUUCGACAUCGAAAAUCGACCACUUUUUAUCAAGAGGAUUUUGAAGAGAAUUCAGGAGAAGGUGAGCAUUUUGAGCACAAAAAUGGGAUUUUUUCUGGAAUUUAUCGUGAAAUUUGGAGCAUUUUGAGCUCAAAUUUGAAAUAAUUCCAACAAAUUUUGAAAUUUUAAAUGUUUGGGCUCAAAAUUCUUCAUUUUCCCUAAUUUUAAGCAAAAAAACCAUUUAAAAUUCAAAUUUUUGGAGCAUUUUGAGCCCAAAAUCGAUAUUUUCCUUAAAAAUCCCACAUUUCCCAUUUUUCUCAGAAAACCACUCAAAUUGGCUACGAACCUCAAAUAGUUGCUGUUCUAAUCGACGAAUUUCGCAAAAAUAUUCGAGAAAAAGAAUUUGAAAAUGAAUUGGGCGAAUUUUGGCAUCAAAUCAAUUCGAUAAAAUAUGACAAUAUCUACAAUGCCACGUCAUUUUAUUCAGCACUUUUUAUUUUGGCAAAAAGCCAAGCGAUUUUUAAGUGAGUUUUUAAUUCUUUUAAAUCUCCUGACAAUAAAUUUAAUUUUAGGAUAAAUAAAUCGCUUUGCUCAACAGUUCUCAAUCAAAUAAUCGAACCAAUUCAUCAACAAAUUGUCGAUUUUAAAAAUUUGAAAAAAACGGAAAAAGAAAAAGAUGAAGCUGAUAAUUUGGGAGAAGAAAUGUUUGAAUAUUUGAUUUUUACAUUGAAAGAUGCUCAAAAUUAUAUUCGAUUGUUUAUUGAAUGA